UGCCUUCCCGCCUCCUCUUGAGCGGCUGCUAUCUGAUCCAGGAUACGUGAUCUGCUGUCUCGACCACACGCUUCCAACCACACUCUGCUCGGCUGCCUCACACGCCAACACCGGGGCUGCCACCCUGCCGAGAUGCCGACGGCUUCUCUGCCGGUGGUGACAGCUCUCCCGCGGCCUCGCUGAGCUGCCAGGAUGCUGCCAGGCGUGCCGCCCUUGGUCUUGCUCUGCCUGGCCUUCUCCUUGGGGCACCCUUGCCCGGCCACCUGCAGCUGCCCGGACUCUCACACGGUCGACUGCCGGGGCCGGGGGCUGCCCGGCAUGCCCACCCCAUUCCCCCUGGACGUACGGAAGCUCCUGAUGGGCAACAACAGCAUCCAGAGGGUCCCGGAGGACUUCUUCAUCUUCCAUGGCGACCUGGUCUACCUGGAGCUCAGGAACAAUGCCAUCACUGCCCUGCCGGACGGGACCUUCAGCAGCUCCAGCAAGCUGGUCUACUUAGAUCUGAGCUACAACAACUUGAGCCAGCUGGGUGCUGGCCUCUUCCGGUCAGCAGAGCGGCUGGUCAAGCUCUGCCUGGGGAAUAACCGCCUGGCCGAGGUGGACGAGGUGGCUUUCGCCAACCUAGAGCAUCUCCAGGUGCUGGAGCUGAACCACAACCGCCUGCAGAGGCUGAGCGUGGCGGCCCUGUCCGGCCUGCCCAACCUCCGGGCCCUGCGCCUGGACGGCAACCCCUGGCUGUGUGACUGCGACUUUGCCGGCCUUUUCAGCUGGCUGCAAGAGAACGCCUUCCGGCUGCCCCAAGGUCUGGGUGAGAUCCGAUGCUCCCUCCCCACGGAGGAGAGCUCUGUGCCGCUCAGCGACCUCACGGAAGCCAGUUUCCGGGACUGCAAGUUCAGGCUGUCCCUGGCGGACCUCCUGAUCAUCGUCUUCUCCGGGGCGGCCGUCUCCGUCGCAGCCAUCGUCUCUAGCUUUGUUCUGGCGCUGCUGGUGAACUGUUUCCAGCGAUGCGCGCCCAGCAAAGGCAACGAGGAAGAGGAGGAAGGCUGAGCGCCCUUCCCUGUCCCUGCACCCGCCUGCCUUGUUCAAAGGAGGCAAAGGGCAGCUCAGCCCCCUAGCUGAGGCCGAAGAGCCCCGUUGAGGAAAGCUGGGUCAAGUCGUGGCGAGGUUGAGGGCGAACGCUGGCAGCUCAGACUCCAAAAGAGCAUUUCACCCGGAAGCUAAAAUUUUCCUCCGCCCCCCCCCCCCCAAAUGUAGCAUCACGAUGGUGACCAAUCCAGUACGUGUCACACCUGUGCAAAGUUGCGUCCUGUGAUCUUUUGGUGUAAAAGUGACCGCAACUGGUGCGAUGUUGUGAUUAUUAACUAGGUAUGUGAGGAGGGCACUCAAGUCAGAUUCCAGGGGUUGGGGGGAGUC